AUGCCCCUCCUCUCCGUCGAUCUCACCCUCUUUCCUGUCCCUCCCAUGUACCCCUCCUCUCUCGUGCAUGCCCUGCUUCCCCCCUCCCUCCGCCCUGCUUCCCCCCUCCCUCCGCCCUGCUUCCCCCCUCCCUAUGCCCUGCUUCCCCCCUCCCUAUGCCCUGCUUCCCCGCUCCCUAAGCCCUGCUUCAGGCACUUUUGGCGCGCUAUACAGGCACCUUGGCGUGGUACACGGGUGGGCAGGUGUAUCAUUACGGCGGUUUCCAUCUGGUCAACGGGGGGGACACGCUCCGGAGCCAGUUCCGUCUAUGUUAUUCCUUACUCCCUCUCAUCCACUACCUUCCACUCCCCUACACUCCCCUCCACUCCCCUCCACUCCCCUCUACCCCCCUUCACUCCCCUCCACUCCCCUCCACUCCCCUCCACUCCCCUCCACUCCCCUUCACUCCCCUCCACUCCCAUCCACUCCCCUCCACCAGGCACCUUGGCGCGGUACACGGGUGGGCAGGUGUAUCAUUACGGCGGCUUCCUUCUGGUCAACGGAAAGGACAAAGCUGAGGCAUGCGUCUGCCUUCCUUCCAUUUUUCAGGCACCAUGGCGUGCUACACAGGUGAUAUUUUCCCACAUGCCAGGUCUCUCCUCUCCCUGCCCAUGUGCCCCUCCCCGACCCUGCUUUCCUUCUUCUUUGCCUCUUCCCCAUCCUGCUCCUGCUCCCCCCUUCCCACAUCCUCCCUGCCAGGAGGACGACCUAGAAGCAUCGCAUCAGGAAACUGACAGCAAGUCUACUGCCCUGUGUCCACCCCAACACACAAGCCUGUCAGUGCUACUGGAGCUGUAUCUUUGGUCGCCUUUCACCGCAGAGAAGUACGUGUUGCCCCUGCCACUGCCGCAGCGCACAGCACAUCGACAGGGUGGGGCUGUUGCUGUUGGGGCUGUUGGUAGUACAGUCAAAGGAGCAGCUAGUGGUCUCACCUACAGUAUUAAUGGGGGAAAGGGAGGUGGGGAUGGACACGAGGAUAGGGGAGUGGUGAUGGACACAGUGGAAAGGGAAGUGGGGAUGAACAGGGGGAAGGGGGAGUGGGGAUGGACAGGGGGAAAGGGAUGUGGGGAUGGACAGGGGGAAAGGGAUGUGGGGAUGGACAGAGGGAAAGGGAAGUGGGGAUGGACAGGGGGAAAGGGAAGUGGGGAUGGACAGGGGGAAAGGGAUGUGGGGAUGGACAGGGGGAAAGGGAAGUGGGGAUGGACAGGGGGAAAGGGAUGUGGGGAUGGACAGGGGGAAAGGGAAGUGGGGACGGACAGGGGGAAAGGGAAGUGGGGAUGGACAGGGGGAAAGGGGAGUGGGGAUGGACAGGGGGAAAGGGAAGUGGGGAUGGACAGGGGGAAAGGGAUGUGGGGAUGGACAGGGGGAAAGGGGAGUGGGGAUGGACAGGGGGAAAGGGAUGUGGGGAUGGACAGAGGGAAAGGGAAGUGGGGAUGGACAGGGGGAAAGGGGUGUGGGGAUAGACAGGGGGAAAGGGAUGUGGGGAUGGACAGGGGGAAAGGGAAGUGGGGAUGGACAGGGGGAAAGGGAUGUGGGGAUGGACAGGGGGAAAGGGAAGUGGGGAUGGACAGGGGGAAAGGGAUGUGGGGAUAG